AUGAUUUUCAAGUCAUUAUACAACGGUAUAAGAGGAAUGGCGACACAGACGCUAUGUAGUCAACGACCCUCAUUAAUUGCCGUAUGUCAGAUGACGUGUACACAUGACUUAGAAGAGAACUUCAAGACAGCAAUGUCAAUGAUGGAACGAGCGAAGGAGCGUGAUGCAAAGAUGGUAUUCUUUCCGGAAUGUUUUGACUUCGUUGGUCGCAAUCGUGAGGAGAACAUUAGUUUGGCGAUGUCCGAAGAUGAUGAAUACAUCGGUCGAUACAAGGAAACAGCGAAAAAACUUCGUAUUUGGCUCUCACUCGGAGGUUUCCACAACAAGGAUCCAGAGAAUGUUCGUCCACCGUAUAAUACACAUUUAAUAAUUGAUCAAAACGGCAACAUAUGUGGUCGAUAUCAAAAAUUACAUUUAUUCGAUUUGGACAUUCCUGGAAGAGUGCGUCUCAUGGAAAGUGAAUUUUCCGGAGCUGGUCAUAAGAUGGUAAGCCCAGUGCAAACUCCGAUUGGUUUGGUUGCAAUGGGAAUUUGCUAUGAUGUUCGAUUCGCUGAGCUAGCCAUUUGGAAUCGUUUGGAGGGUGCUCAAAUUCUCACAUAUCCGUCUGCAUUCACCGUCAAUACAGGACUAGCACAUUGGGAGUCGCUUUUACGCACUCGUGCAAUCGAAACACAGUGCUAUGUUGUUGCGGCUGCGCAAACCGGUAGACAUAGCGAUAAACGCUCAUCGUAUGGUCAUUCAAUGGUGAUCGAUCCAUGGGGUGCUAUCGUUGCACAGUGCUCCGAGAAUGUUGGAAUGUGCUUUGCUGAAAUUUCAUUGCCAUAUUUGAAUGAAGUACGCACGAUGCAGCCAGUGUUUGCGCAUCGUCGAAACGAUCUGUACUCUGUGAUUGCGUGUAAAGACCGACCGAUUGGUCAUGAGCCAUUCAGUUUUGGCGAUCAUUUAAUUGAAACUUGUGUUGUGUUCUACAGGAGUAAAUAUAGUUUUGCGUUCGUGAAUCGAAGUCCGGUGCUACCGGGUCACGUAUUGGUGAGUCCAAUCAGGAAAGCGAGCAGAUUAACGGAUUUACUCGACGCUGAAACGGCGGAUCUGUUCAUUGUUGCGAAGAAAGUGCAAGCAAUGAUCGAGUCCCAUUACAAGACAAGCUCAUCGAGUGUAUGCGUUCAGGAUGGACCUGACGCUGGACAGACAGUUGAUCAAGUUCAUGUGCAUAUAUUACCUCGUAAAAAAGGUGACUUCGGCAAAAAUCCAGAUAAAUUCUAUGAGGCGCUAGCUGAGCACGAUAAAAAACCAGAAGAAGAUAGAAAAAUGCGUCCUCAAUCGGAAAUGGCUGAAGAAGCAGCUGUUUAUCGUCGAUUACUCGAUGUUGAUGAGAUGACAAAUGAGGUGAACCAUGUUUAG